GCGUCACAGCAAAACCGAUUCACGGUCAGUUCAGCGGCGGCGAAUACGCGAUGGUUGGCAUUCUUUGUCACGUGACGCGCCUCCUCAGCGUAACAAACCCAAAAAGUAAACAGAGAUCGGGCUGGAAGCGAUCGAAAUUAAUGAUGAAGAAAAACUGCCUGCUAACCGCAUAACACCAGCGACUGCCCUGUUCAACUCAUUUUAAAAUAAAUCUUACGAUAUUUAGCGAAACGACGAGGGAAGGAAAGAUGGAGAUGCUGUGUUUCCGUUUGCCGGGUCAUGGGGACAAGACCCUGCAACACAUGAAUUCACUGAGAUCCAGGCAGCACUUCUGUGACAUCACCAUUGUUGCCAGCAACAACCAGACAUUCAGGGGACAUAAAGUGGUGCUUGCUGCCUGCUCACCCUUCCUGAGGGAUCAGUUCCUCCUCAACCCAUCCCCGAAGCUUCAGGUGUCAGCGCUGUACAGCUCCACUGUGGUGUGUGAUCUGCUCCUGUCGUGUUACACUGGCAUGUUGCAGUUUAACUCCGAGGAGAUUGUCAACUACCUAACUGCUGCCAGUUAUCUGCAGAUGGAACAUAUAGUGGAGCGCUGCCGAGGAGCUCUGAAGAAGUAUGUACAGCUGAAGAACCCCAAGGUGACCACAGAGGAGAGUCCGGCUCAACCAAUGAUUGUGAGUGGCAGCGUCCGCACUGUUGCAUCUCCCCCCGCCAGCCAACCCUCCACUGUGGACCCUCAAAGUGCUGUGGAGAACAACAGUGAUAUGUCUGCUCAGGACAGCGGUCAGCACCACCAUGAAAGUCCUGUGCUUGACGAGCCGUGUAUUAAGGUUCACGCGUCAGAUGAGGACGAGUCCAGACCGGAGGAUUACGAUGUGUUUCGAGUAUACGUCUCUGAAGAGGAGCAGAUGAGCAGAAGCAGGGAGGAGGAGACAGGAGCUCCCACUGAUGGAUCUCAGGAUGCUGCUUGUUACCCAGAGACGGAUGGUGUCGUGUUCGGAGCAGAAGGCGGUGAAUAUGAUGUAGAUCUCAGCACUGGUGGACUUUCGGUGGAAGGUCUGCGUGCUUUCAGACGCAGGUGGCCUGAUCCUAAAAUCGGCCGGGGCAGAGGGAGUGGCAGCAAGGGGAGGGGUUUCAAAAGGAGAAGGUGGGUGUCUUCUCAGGAGAAAAGGCCUCCAGGUAUUGCUCACCACCAGGAUUUGUGGUACCUGGCAACUCCUGGAUUAGGAGGGAGUCUCGGGCUGGACUACAACCAAGAUGGGCUCAAGACGGGAAGCUAUGUAUCAGUUGACCUCCCACGCCUAGACUUCAGUGUGGGUGAUGCUCAGGGAGAAAAGGCUUCACCACUGGCAGCUAACACUGUGAACCAGUAUUCCUUGGAGGAGUCCAGCUGUGGUGCAGGUGAGGGUAGUUCAGGGUUAAGCGGUGGAGCAAAAGAAGGAGGCGACGAGUCCGUCGCGGUCGUUGGGUCAACUUCAAGCGUAGCGGGGCACGUCAUAUGUGAGCACUGUGGCAUGACUUUCCCCACAGCCCACGCUUUAGCAGUCCACUCCCGCACCAUGCACCUGCUGUACACCUGCCCCUGCUGCGGGAAGAACUUCCACAACUCCGUCAACUUCAACCGGCACAUGGCUGUGCACCGGGGAGGCGGCAAAACCCACCAGUGUCCACUGUGCUACAAGACUUUCACUCAAAAAUCCACACUGAUCGACCACAUGAACCUCCACAGUGGCGAGCGGCCACACCGCUGCGCCUACUGCCAUGCCCGCUUUGCCCAUAAGCCCGCGCUACGGCGCCACCUGAAGGAGCAACACGGGAAAACCACGGGGCAAAACUCUCUUCACGAGCAGGAGGAGAUAGAGAGGGCGAGAGAAGCUGCUGGAAGAAUACGAGAGGAAGAACAGGAAUGUCUGGUGACUGCACAAGUCUCAUAGGUCAAAGCAUUCAAAGACAGUAAAGGGUCUCCACUAAACCUCCUCACACGAGUGAGUGCAGGCAUGUCAGAAGGUCAGCCUGUGACUGACUCAGCCCUAUCACAUGAAACAUUUUAAAUAUUGCCAUUUAAAGUGGAACAGUGCAGAAUUUUUAUCCUAAUUUAACAGCUUCUUGUCUGUUAGUGGAAACCAGCCUUGCAAGAUCAGGACCACUGACCCAGAGUCCUCAGUAUCAGGAGGUCCUCGCGAAUCCUCGGGUCUCGAGAGAAACACUAUUGUUGUACGGCACUACACACUCGCACCCUAGCCAGGUACUGGAUAUAAGAGCAUGGCAGAGAUAGUUUUAUUUUCGAAAGAAAAGGAGAGAAGGAAACAAGGCCACACACGAGGAAGCAUCGGACUGGCUCCUAAAACUGUAUUCCUAAAUACAUAGAGAAAAGCGACCAGACUUGCAAAGUUCUAGCACGCGAGUGAUGUUUGUGGAUAAAAUGAAUGCUCUCACAGCAGACCUGUCAAAAAAAGGAAGGUACCGGUCGAGUAAUGAUGGCUCUGAUUCUGGCAUAAACAAAAAUAAGAAUAAUAAUAGCUUUCAGAAAUGAUCUGAUUAUUUCUUCCUGUUGUUUUCUUACAGUGACGUCUCACAAUAUACUGAGCACUGUGAAAAAAAUGUACGUCUAUGGAGUAGAUUCUAUUAAACCGUAUGUGCUAACUGUUCACUAUGAUCACUGAACGCCGUUCAAAGAUCAGUGAGUGUAAAUAAAAGAAAUAAUGUACCCUCUGAAGACAAAUGAACAAAACUGUUAUUAAAAAAAACAAGAAAUCAUCGGAUUUGAACAGACUUUGUGAUGUGAAUGCAGGAACAUUCAUCUGGAUCUGAUGUCAUUUAAAUGUAACAUGGUUCAGUCCCAUUUGAAGUUCUCGUGUGUUUAUCUCAGAUCAGGGUUAAUUUUGUCAUGUGUAUGUAAGAUGGUAAUAUUUAGGAGGUAAAGUUCUAUACAGAUCUGGAUCCAGUGUAGUUUGGUCAGCUGACUUGGUUUUGGGGGCAGAUAACAUUGACCAGACCAUAAUAACUACAGGUCAACUGAUGUUUUGUUUUCUAUGGCCGACGCUGAUGUAGAUUUUUAGAUACCAGUGCAGAAUGUGCAAAACAAAGAUGUAAUUGUUUUAAAAUAAACGAUACAAAACAUGAAA